CAGCUUCUGCAGUGAAAAGGUUCAGUGUGUGUGAUUGGUUGCAGCUGUGCAGCUCGCUAUGUGCAGAAGUAGUCCUGACAUCUUGAUUAGCUCAAAUGGUAGAUGAUCAUGGAUGAUUUAGCAUUGGAACGCUACUUUGAUGAUUCUAUUGCAAAUGACUCCAGCUAUUUGGUGGAGGAGGACCUUUGUCUCCAAAGCUCUCAACAACAGCCACAUGCAUCAAGCUCCAAAGCACAGAGUUCCACCCACCUAUCGGGUGGGGCUGAAACAAGUGGCAAGCUGGGAGAUGACCUGGACCUCAGCUUCCUGCCUGAUGACCUCAGCAACCAAAGCUCUAUCAGUACAGCUGCAGCAGCCGCCGAUCGAAAUGCUGCACUCAACGUUUUGGAGGACAGUGGCAUAUGUCUGGAAAAUAAUUUGCCAGAUUCGGGUGCAGUGGAACUUCAGAAGAGCACAGUCGAUUUGGGGCCAGAGAGCAGGGCUUCCCCAUUUUGUCCUAUGACCCCAAUGACCCCGAUGACCCCAAUGACCCCUGUGACAGAGAAAUCAGGAAUCAUCCCGCAGUUGCAAAACAUUGUCUCCACUGUUAACCUGGGAUGUCCCCUGGAUCUAAAGUUUAUUGCCCUGCAAGCCAGAAAUGCAGAGUACAAUCCAAAGCGCUUUGCAGCUGUAAUCAUGAGGAUCCGUGAGCCUCGAACAACAGCACUUAUCUUCAGCUCAGGGAAGAUGGUCUGUACAGGGGCCAAGAGUGAGGAGCAGUCCCGCCUGGCAGCGCGGAAAUAUGCCCGAGUGGUGCAGAAACUUGGCUUCCCUGCCCGCUUUCUUGACUUUAAGAUUCAGAAUAUGGUGGCCAGCUGUGACGUCUGCUUCCCCAUCAGACUUGAAGGACUGGUUCUCACUCACCAACAGUUCAGCAGUUAUGAGCCUGAGUUGUUCCCAGGACUAAUCUACCGGAUGGUGAAGCCCCGUAUCGUCCUGCUCAUUUUUGUAUCUGGGAAGGUGGUUCUGACUGGAGCUAAAGAACGUGCAGAGAUCUAUGAAGCCUUUGAAAACAUUUAUCCCAUCUUGAAAGUCUUCAAAAAGCAGUGAAAGCCUUUUUGUUCUCGUGUAAAUAGAUAAAUGGAUGUAUUAUGUGUCUUUGUUCAAUUCAAUGUCACAGCUUAAUUUUGCUGGGGCUGAAAAAGCAUAAAGAAGUUUGUUUUAGUUUGUUGACUUUCCUGAAAGAAAAUAAAUUAUCUUCUAAGUCUUGA